AUGAUGAAAAUGAGUCCCACACCGCCCCCUCCCCCGGGUCUAGGCGGCCCCGCGGCCCCUGCUGCUGCUGCUGCUGCUGCCUUUCAGCCGCAGCAGCUGGCCUCCUUCGGGCCCGGCGACCUGGCCUCUGCCACGGCGCUGCUGCAGCAGUACCGCCUGGAGCUGCAGCAGCAGCAGCAGCUGCAGCAGCAGCAGCAGCAGCAGCAGGGAGGCGUCGCCUCCCCACUCAACCCACGCCCCUUCCAGCCAUUUCCCAGAGAGGCCCCCGCAGAAGAAAACCCCCCAGAAGCAGCAGCACUUAAGGGCCCCGACUUGAAGCUGCAGCUGCUGCUCGAAAGUGCUGCUGCUGCAGUGGUUGGCGGACGCCUCGACCUUUCCCUUCUUUCCUUCAAACAGAGGCUUGCCCUCGUGGACCUGGUGCACUACAAGCAGUGCCAGCUGCAGCAGCUGCUGCAGCACACGAACUUGCUGCUGCAGGAGCUGGAGAAGAGCCGCGAAGGCUACCUGGAGCUGCCGCGGCUGCUGCUGCUGUUCCCUGCAGCAAGAGCAGCAAUGGCAAAAGCUGCUUCUCCCCACAACUUGCCCCGGCCAGUUUCGGGGGCCCAUGCUGCUGCUCUGACUCCCCCGCUGCCGUGGCUGAGUCCUUUCGAGUCCAUAGCGGACGGGGCUGGCGGCGGGCACGGGGGCGGGGGCUCUUCGCGGGCAGCAGCAGCAGCAGCAGCAGCAGCAGCAGCAGCACGGGGCAGCCCCACAGCCACCUCGGAGUCGCUGCAUGCAGCAGAUCACGAAGCCGAUCCUCCUGAAGAAGAUCUUCUCGCUCAAGUUUCUCCAGCUUUCACCCGCAGCAACACGCGCUCCCGCACCACCCCUGCAGUCCGCGGCAGUCCCGAAACUUGGAUGGAAAAGGUCUGCGGGGGCGAGCAGGAGGCGUACAGCAGUUUGACGGAAAGCGAGUUGUUCAAAAGGUGCUUCAGCGUGGGGUCUUCGCUGGCAGAGGCGACGGCCACGACUGCAGCAGACACGCCCGGGGGGGGGGCCGAGGAAAGGGCCAGAGAGCCCAGCGAAGGCAACGUUUCGGGGCUUUCUGGGGAGUUCGCGCUGCUGCAAACGCAUGCGCAGCAGGGGGGGCCCCUGGGGGGGGAAGAGGCGGCGGAGGGGCCCCGGGGGGCCCCCGGGGCCCCCGAAGGCUCGCCGUUUCUGCAGCGAAACGUGCGGAGAACCACCACUUUGCCCAACGGGAGUUUGGCCGGCAAAGUGGUGCUGCUGGGGGCUGGCCGCGAGGCGGGGCUGCAGGCGCCGCCUGCUGCUGCUGCGCUGCAGGAGUUCGCUUCCCCGGCCAAGAGCGAGGCCUGGCCGCCGCCCGCUGCUGCUGCUGCUGCUGCUGCUGCUGCUGCUGCUGCUGCGGGCAGCAGGAGCAGCAGCGGCCGCUGCGUGCGGAUCGACGCGAAUGUGCUCGCCGCCGCCGCCUCCAUCCGCCAACACGAAUACACCAACCUCCUCGAGAGCAGCAGCAGCAGCAUGACAGCUCUCCUCGGGGACUUGAAGCUCCUCCAGGAGGCCUCAGCAACAGUGCAGGCAGCAGCUGCCGCGAGAAGCAUUCCCGGAGAAGACCCCAACGCCUUCUUCCAAAGAAACAACCGGCGAACCACCACUUUGCCCGGCACCAUGGCGAACGUGAAAAUCUGCGCAACCGAUGUGCAACGGGUACUGCACACGCGCGGCCGCUGCAAGCCGUGCGCGUUUUACUACAACAAGCGAAAGGGGUGCCGCAACGGCGCAGAAUGUGAAUUCUGUCAUCACGAAGAACAUUCGAAACUAACUUUAAAGCAGUGGAAGAAGCACCAGCAGCGCGCCCACAGAACGAGGCUGCUGGAAGACUGUGAAGGCGCAGAGGCCAGCGCCGUGGACUUUCAAGCGCCGGGAGUUUUGCUGGAAUCCGCCGACGGCGCAGCCAUUCCUGCAUUCGCCUCUGCCCAUGUAGCAGCAGCUUCUGAUGUACAGCACCCCAUAAUUCCCCGCCAAUAUGCGUUGAACACAGCAGGACUAAUGCCAGAGUCCCUAGCGCAUGUGCGAGAUAAACUCGCAGAACUCACUAACACGAACGAGGUGACGCUGCCUGAGGGCAGCUGA